GUCGAGUAUACAGUGAAAACUAUCAUAAGCAGCGAGUGUUGCGUUUGAAUUUGAUGAAAGCAGAAAAAAGCUCGUCUAGCGGGAAUUUUCGAAAAUUGACAAACUUCACGGAAGUGUGCUGCGUUCAAAAAAGUUCAUAAUAGUGCGUCGUAUACACAUACGUAUAAACAGUUUAUAUAAAAAAUAAACUUCGUUCGAGUGCACGUGCUACCGAUCGGGUCAAAGUUUUUUUUGCGAGUGGACGCGCGCCUAGAAGCUGCAUACACAAGCUCGCAUUAUCUCCUUGGCUGGACGUCGUCUAUAAGAUCGCAGACCAUCGCUGCUUCUCCAAGAGAGAGACUACUACCCCGUAGAGCUAGCUGCUGCAGUAUCAAAAAAGGAGAGAAAGAAAGAAAAGGAGGAGAGAUAGAUAGAUCGAAUGAGCUCAUCUUCCGCAUCGACGCGAUGCCGCCAACCGACGUAUCUGUGAACGAGGACAUCGUUUGAGACUUACAGUGACUGCUGGUUGGACACUGCACUGCACGUGUUUGAGAAAAAUAAAACAAAGAAAAAAGGACGUGACUUCGUGAGAGCGCACAAUUGAUUGAUAACGUUAAUUCAUCGUUGUCGUCGUCGUAGUCGUCGUUUUUAAAAUUGGAAAGCUACGGAAAAGCGGCAAAAUUGCUCCCAACGUGAAGUCUACGAAGAGCUCCACUUCAUUGUCAUCAGACGGUGCUUCAAGCCAGAUCACGAUGACGAUGGACGUGAGCAAGUCGGAGACUGGUAAAAAUGGCACGACUCAGCAGGAGUGUCACGGCUGCCGAAAAACGAUCAAGGAGAGAUAUCUGCUGAAAGCUCUGGACGCCUAUUGGCACGAGGACUGUCUGAAGUGCAACUGCUGCGACUGCCGGCUGGGCGAGGUCGGCUCGUCCCUCUACACCAAGGCCAAUCUCAUACUGUGCAGGAGGGACUAUCUGAGGCUGUUCGGCAACACGGGCCUCUGCUCGGCCUGCAACAAACCCAUACCGGCCUUCGAGAUGGUCAUGCGCGCCAAGAACAACGUCUAUCAUCUCGAGUGCUUCGCCUGUCAGCAGUGCUAUCACCGAUUUUGCGUGGGCGACCGCUUCUACCUGUGCGAGAAUAAAAUACUCUGCGAGUACGAUUACGAGGAGCGGCUGGUGUUCGCGAACAUGGCGCUGCAUCCGCCGUCGAAUUUGGCUCAACUCAAGCGCCAGUUGCCACUGACGCCAACGCCACCUGGACAGGGUGCGCCGAUGCCGGGCCAAAAUCCCAUGCAACAGCAGCAGCAACAGCAACAACAACAACAACAACAACAACAACAGCAACAACAACAACAACAUCAGAAUCAACAAGCUCAAAUGCUUGGUCAACAAAUGGGACAGCACAAUCACAUGACAAACGGUCAAAUGCCAAAUAGUUCGCCAACGGUGAACGGCACCGGCGGUGGACCCAUGGGCAUGGGUCCAACCAGGCCGGGCGACAUGAACAACAACGGUCUGUCGGGCUCGGCUCUGGGAUCAGUCAAAGCGCCUCCUAUGCCAAUGCAGGCGCCCUCGAGCUGAGACGAACUUUCCAACGGCGCGCCUCCGUUGAAGAAGCUGCGCUGUCUCGACAGUUACUGAAGUUCGGCCGAGUCCCAGCUGUGGACAAAUUGUAAAUAUCAAUUAGGCACCGUCGUCGAUCCAAGACGAGAGGGAAUCUAAUUUCGUGAACGAUGGCUGGAUCGCGUUUCCGCCAUUGUUGUUUUGCAUUUUCGUUGUUAUCCACGCUAAACAAAGACGUGGCUUUGAUAUUAUUAUUAUUAUUAAUAUUAUUAUUAUUAUUGAUCAUUAUUGGUAUAAGUAUGAAAUGAUUAUUGAAAUUAUUUCGAACGUUUUUACGCAUACGUCUAUAUUGAAUUAUCCAACGUUAUUAAAUUAUUUUUUCUUUGUUUCGA